AUGAGUGUGUUCAGCGAUUUCCAGCGGAUGUGGGUGCAGCGGUUUCCCCAGAGUUCGCUCUCGGACGCGUGGGAGCAGGAUGUGCGGGCGAGUCUCGAACGGCACAAGCAAAAGAUCGCGGAACUGUCGAAGGAGCUCGAACAGGAGACGCUCUACGUUGAGUAUCUCGAGCGGUUGCUGGGCGAUGUGGAGAAGUACAGGGAAGCGGGCGGUGAUCCGUCCACACUGUUCGAGGCGAAUUCGCCGGCAUCGGCUGCCAAUUUGUUGGCGGUAGGCGGUAAUCAAUUACGCGAACCACCAGGAAAGGCGGACGGAACGAACAGCCAGGCGGACGUGGAGGAAGUGAAUCAAAUAAUUAAAGCCGCGGCCGGUAACCAACAAUCUGCUGCAGGUACAGCACCACCCGCUGAAGAUGCGGAAGCGGCCAGUAAUGCAAUCGGCUGUGAGUCAACCGAACAAGGUGUCCAGCUGCGGUCACGUGAUUUGCCGCCGAAUCGCAACAACAACAGCCCGCUGAAUCAGUGCAUCAAUGAGCUGACCUCAAACCUGCACAGCCGCCGUUGCGUGAGCGAGCUGGUGGCAGCGAGCAGCAGCAACAGUAGCGGUACCAACACUCCCAUCAACCCGGCCAACGACACGGCCCAACAGUCAACCGGCGGGCAACAAUCAACCACGAACGGUCCGGAACCGACAGCGAACGGGACGACCCACGAUGCACCGAACGAGCCGGAACCGUCCGGACCGGUACCGGAUGUGGGUCGUGCCGGAACCAACCGGACGCGCAGUGCCAGCCAAAGUGAAGCACAACCGUUACUCGCCUCCCCGAGCCACUUCGUUACCGUGAUAGAAGUGAAAGAGUCAAAGAGCAAUGGUGGUGGUGGUGGUGGAAGUGCAGGUGGUGAUAAUUCAUCCCACGACAGUGAGACACCGUCGGUACCGAAGACGGCAAACUACGAGAAUGUGCUGAUCAACACCGGUGCCCGGUUCGGUGGCAGUGUGGAGAAUCUGGUUGCGGGUGAUCUACCACAACAGCAGCUGCAGCAUCAGCACAGCAGCGGUGUGAGCAGCAGUGCCAGUACGUUCCUGGAUACGAAACAUCCGAAACCACCGGAUCGGACCAGCGACGGUGGUGGCAGCUUCACCGGUGGUAGUUCUAUAUCCGAACGUACCUCGCAGCUGUUGGGAGCCUCGUCUGCCGCAGCCGACCUCAAGAAAAAGGUCCCCCCGCGUCCACCACCGAAAUAUGUGCGCCGUGCUGCCCCGGUCGAACCACCGACGGUUCCAACGAUGGCGAUGCAAAACCUCCGGAAUAAAGAUACGCCGACGAGUGGUGGAUCGGCCAUAGGUCAGCUGUCCCAUUCCUCGCCCGAAACGACGGGCACACCGGACAGUCCUGGGACCAGCAGUUCGCUCGAGCGGAACAUUAAACCAUCGGAGAUCUAUCGCCAGAAGUCGUCCGAUUCGCUCGAUGUGAAGCUUUCCGGUUUCCAUGAACCAGGCAAGGCUCGCCUACCAAAGUCGGAUAGUCUCAAGUCGAAGUCGUCCAGCACGGACAGUCCUACCGGGUCGUUGGGUAAGGUGGCUGGCGGUAUGCCCGGAAUCGGCGUAUCGCCGACCGGUAGUUUGGGCAAGCUGCCCACCAACAUGACCGGUAGCAGCAGUGACAGUCCAACCGGCAGCCUUGGCAAGAUGAACCAACAGCAUCAAACACCUCCCUACGCGCAGUCGUACCAUCAGCGGCACGAUGGUUUGCCGCACGUCGAUUCCAAGGAAUCAUUGACUUCGGGUGGCGGUGGCGGUACGGGAACGAUCGGCAGUACCGGUGGUGUUGGUCCCAUCUCCGAACGGAUCAAAAGCUACGAAUCCAUUUCAUCCCUCAGCUCGGACAGUAUGCGUGUGAGUGGUCAACAGAGCCAGAAGGAUCAGGAACACUAUUACGAUACGGUGCCGCUCGAUAACAGUGAUGGUGACUACGUAUACAUACAGCCGGGUGGUGUCGGUACCGGUUCAACAUCGAGCCGGGACGAUAUCUCCACGGUGGAAAAUGCCAGUACACUUCUGAUGCCGUCGCAUCCGCGUAGUCACAACAGCAGCCAAACCAGCGUCCAGCUGGAACCAGAAUCUCCCGGACGUAGCAGCAACUACGUCAAUAUUGAGUACUUCAUCCACUCCAGUCAAAACAAUGAAAAUCGCAGCAGUUCCAUCGAUAGUGAUGGCGAAGGAGACGGUGGUGCACCGGUACUGAUGCGUGCGAUCUCGACCGAUACGGACGGUGGUGUUGGUGUAGGUGCUUCUCCCGGCAUCGGUGGUACACCCAGCGGAAGUGGUCUGUUCCGUAAGAUAUCGAACGCUAACCGGGACACUAUCAUCCGGCGCAUCGUUACCAGCAUCAUCACGAGCGAAACACUAUACGUGGAGUGUUUGAACAAGAUGAAGCAGUACAUGAAGGCGAUCCGGGCAACGCUGACAACUUCGCAACCUGUGAUAUCGGAGGAGGAGUUCCAGACGAUCUUUUUCAAGAUCGAGGACCUGCACGAGGUGCACAGCGAAUUCCUGACGGAGCUGCAGGCCCGUCUGGCCGCACCGGAUGAUGCGACCGCACCGGACACUGGUGGACUGUGCGUGGGCGAACCGUUCCGCCGCCUGGCCGGCCAGAUACAUCUGUACGGUGCGUUCCUGCACAAUUACGGUCGUGCGAUUGAUACGGUUAAAAUGUGCAGCACGCACAGCCAACAGUUUAAAGAGAUUGUGUCGAACAUUGUGUUUAAGAACCAGAACGAGCAGAAACUAUCGCUGGAGGAGUUGCUGCACAAGCCGGUGGCGAGGGUGCAAAAGAAUGCGCUCGUGCUGGAGGAUCUGCUUAACCAGACGCCCGAACAGCACCCAGACUACCAUCCGCUUCGGCAAGCGUCCAAAGCGAUUCGUAACUUCUUGUCAGAGUUUAACGUGGUGCAGACGCGGACCAUGUUCCCGAGCGACGAUAAAGCCCUCCGACGAUUGGUAAAGAAUUCGUUCAUCGUUGAGCUAGCGGAUGGCCACCGGAAGCUGCGACAUUUGCUGCUGUUUAACGAUGUGAUUGCGUGCGCCAAAUAUAAGGCAGUGGGCCGUACCGGGGAUCGGAAUGGGUUUGAGUUUGAACUGAAAUGGUUCAUUCCGCUGCGGGACAUACUAAUUUGUGAAGAGUCCGCAAACGAUCCAAAGGAAACGAGCCCGAUCAAUAUUGUGCACCUGAAGUCACAGGCGUGCACUGUGCGUGAUCAAAUCAUGCUAGACGAGAAGGAUCGGCCAGGUGGUUCAAGCCGAGCAGGCGACAAGCACCGGAAAAAGCUAGCCGAUCUCGAGGCGCAGCUGGUACUUGCGUCACCAAAUCUGGUGUUCAAGAUUGGCAACAAGGCGACCGGUAAAACAAUGACGUUCUUCCUCAGCUCAGAUUUCGAGCGUACGCAAUGGAUCGAGUCGAUACUGUCGUUACAGCAAUCGUGCAACCUGCCUGGUCACAUUCCAGUCCAGAUCUAUGAUCUGCACGCGUGGAUCACGGCCUGUCAGGCACUCAUCAAAACUGAGAUGGGUUCCUACCUGUUGCGAAACGCACGCGAUGAGAGCCUGCUCGUAGGCGACCUGCAUCUUACCAUCCAGGGCCUGAGCGGGUUCGAUCAACAGUGCGAUCUGUUCGUGUGUGUCGAGAUCGAUUCGUACGGGCACUAUUUCCGCAAGGCCAAAACGAAGCUUGUCUGCUGCAGUGCAACACCGCAGUGGAACGAAUCGUUCGUGCUGGAGCUGGAGGGUAGCCAAAAUUUGCGCAUUUUGCUGUAUCAAGCUGAUGUUCAGCGUCCGAUUUUGCGCGCGAAGCAUAUCCUCAAAUUAAGCCGUAGCUGGAUGCAGGAAACACCCACCAGAAAGGUAUUGCAGCUGUCGGAAACGCUCAGCAUUAGCACGAUCAUACGAUUUGUACCGGGUGAGGUGACGUUGCGCCGGGUACCAACCUCGAAACCAGGCGCACUCUUUGGUGCCAAAUUGCAGCAGGUGAUCAAGCGCGAAAAGCGCGAUAUUCCAUUCAUCGUGAGCGCGUGCGUGAGGGAAGUUGAACGACGUGGCAUGACCGAGGUCGGCAUCUAUCGCGUAUCCGGUUCGGCGUCUGAUGUUGCGAAGCUAAAGAAAUCGUUCGAAACAAAUGCGUACGAGGCGGAACAGCUGCUGAAAGAGGUCGAUAUACACUCGGUCACCGGGAUCCUUAAGUCGUACUUGCGCGAUCUGCCCGAAGCGCUUUUCACCGAUCAGUAUUAUCCGAAGUUCUUCGACGCGUUCAACCGCCAUUCAAACCUGAGCGAGGGUUCGCGCAUCCACGAGCUACAGCGUAUAUUUGCUGAGCUUCCGCAACCGAACAAAGCCACCAUCAACCUGCUGCUAGAUCAUCUAAUGAGGGUACACCAGCAGGAGAUCGAAAACAAAAUGUCGCUACAUAAUCUGGCGAUGGUGUUUGGGCCGACGCUGCUGCGACCCGGCCCGAGCGCUACGAAACAGAAGGAUCUGCUAGAGUCGAGCACGGCCGACGUGAUGACGCAGGCCGGCAUUCUGUACAGCUUUCUGCAGGCCCGAUUAAAAUAG